UUCUUCCUGUGAUCUCCAAAGUUUGUAAGUUCCACAAGCAUCAAAAGAAAUUUGAACAAACACCCAAGAGUUCUUCAGAUCUGAAAAAUUCAAGUUUUAAUUCCAAAUUCCCAUAGUUUUUUCUUUUCAUUCCACUAUGUCCACUACCUCCGACAACUCCACCGCCGCCGCCGCCGGACGGAGGUCCGGCAAGGUACCGGAGAAGUCUAGUUUUGCUCAGACCUGUAAUCUGCUGAGUCAAUACUUGAAAGAGAAGAGAAGCCUUGGAAUUACCCCAAAAGAUGAGUUUCCGACGACUCGGCCACCGGCGAUAAUGGAUUUAUUGACGAACAUGGAAAACCCAGAAGAGAAAUCUGGUACUGCAGCUGAGCCGCCGUCAUCUGCGACACAGAUGACCAUUUUUUAUGACGGAAAAGUGUUGGUGUUUAAUGAUUUAUCGUCGGAGAGGGCGGAGGAGAUCAUGGCCAUGGCCGGUAAAGGAAUUGUGCCUUUGUCCAGAUCUACCGAACCAACAACAAUCGCCGGAGAACAACCUGUGACCAAAGUCUCCAGCGAUUUACCCAUUGCAAGAAGAGCUUCCCUGCAUCGAUUCUUCGAGAAAAGAAAAGACAGAGUUGCAGCAAGAUCCCCAUACCAAGUGAAUUCACCUAGCGAAAGCUACAGAUUCAAGAAGGGAAACCAGCAAUCUUCAAACCAGUUCGAUCUAAAUUUAUAGGGAAAUAUUAUGGUUAAGAUUAUGGUAAAAUUCUGACAUUACAGUCAUGGAUGGCCUCGAUCCAUGGCGAUCUGCAUAGUGGAAUCGACUUUGUUCUGAUCUUGGAAACCGAUACCCAAACAAAUGAACAGAUGCCGACUUCUUUUUUACAUUUCAACGAACACAUAUUUUUUUUCUUAAUUUAUUAACAGUAAUAGAUAUGCAAAUUAAUGGUGAAUUGGAAACUGAGACAAAUGUAUAUCCAUCUUAGUUUAUUGCAUCUCUCAAUUUUCGUAUGCUCCAAACAAAAAUCUUUCAAGUUCCA